AUGACGCUCGCCACAUUGUUCCCCAAAGGAGAGGGCAUCGGGUUUUCCCUCACAGCGCAAAGCUACGGAGAAUGUAAAGUGGGCGUCGAGCUAUCCAACUCUGUGUCGAGUGCGGAGUGGGAGAAGAUUUUCAACAGCCGCAUGUUUCAGGACUGGCUGUCAGUCUACGCGAGCUCGGAUCACUUGCGGCUGAUGCGCCUCGUCAUCGAGCAAGUGCAGCAUGCGGGCAAAGCUGCGGACGACAAACUCCUCGCCUUCACGAUGCACGUUGAGGCGCAGGACAAGGAUGGCGAAGUCUUUUCGGGGCAGGUGUGUCUGCGCCCGCUGCGCCGAGCGGUGCUCGUGCUGCUGCGCAACACCGAGACGCGCACAGACACCUGCGUGUUUGUGAGGAAGCCAAAUCUUUCUGUCGGGUUGACUGAGACGCUGGAGCUUCCCGAGGGCGAGUUCGACGCGGAAACUGGCAAGUUCGUCGGGCCUGCGGCGGAGGAGCUGGAGAAGCAGCUCGAGACGCCGAUCUUUGAGAAGGACCUCGUGAACCUGACGCAGGUCACCUUUGGCGGCGGCGGCAUCGCCCUCGGCCGCGAACUCCACGCCCCUGCCUUCGCGCCCGGCGUCGGCGCGAAAAAGAACGCAAAGGCGAAGGACGGCAACGACAAAAAGGAAGGCGUCGUCGUGCCCCUCUCAGGCGGCGAGCGCGUCGAGCUCUACCUGCACCGCGCGAACCUCUCACCGGAGGCCAUGAACGCCAUCGAAGGAAAAAUCGGGCGCAUGCGCCGCAGGGGCAAAGUCGCGGCCUCCAUCGUCUUCGCGCCCGACGCCGAAAACGUAACCAAACACGACAAACUCAAUGAUUCAGCCGUCAAGCUCAGUCUGGUGCAGCUCGGCGACGCGUGGGGCCUGGCGGCGGACGCGCUCGCAGUGAGCGCGUUGUUCCUUGUUCACGAGCUCCGGUACCACCGGCUGAUGCCCAAAUACCGGAAUCCCCUCGCCGACGCGGCGGGCGCGGAAGGCAAAGCCGCGCCAGUCGUGAAGGCCGCCGCAACCUUUAAGCGCGUCGAGGACCUGGGGCCGACUUCGAAGGGUCUCAACGUCCGCGUGAAGGUCGUCAAGCCCAAAGUCGUUGACCGCGACCACACUUUCCAUAGCGGCCGCACCAGCCGAGAGGGUCACAUGGUCGUCGGUGACGACAGCGCCAUCAUCACCCUCAAGUUGGUGGAUCAACAGCUCGACUUGCCAGACGCGGAGGGCACGCCGCUGCUGAUUCGCAACGGGCUCAUCAGCAUGGAAAACGGACACAUGAAGCUCGUCGUUGACCGCUGGGGCAAGAUUAUCUCUGAUAUUCCUGAAACGGAGAAGGCGAGCUUCAACUUCACGGUCGACAGCUCUCGCGACAUGACCGCCACCGAGUACGAGUUGGUGGUGCUGAACGAAGAGGGCGAAGGAGACAGCAUGCCUCCGCCGGGGCGCGGCGGGCGCGGGCGCGGCGGGCGCGGGCGCGGCGGACGCGGUCGCAGGGGCGGCCUGGCACGCGGGCGCCGAUGA